UCCCCGACGGGGAUUAUUCCCCGCGGGGAAUGGGGAUGGGGAAGAAAUAUUCCCCGCAAGCGUUCGUGGGGAUCCCCGCGGGGGAUUUUUUCCUUCGCGGGGAUGGGGAUGGGGAGCUAUUCCCCGACGGGGAAUUCCCCAUUGCCAUCUCUAAUCUGGAGGCAUGGCACAGCAGCUGCAGCCGUCGCCAGCCAGCAGCGAACUGCCCCCCACCCGGCGGCGAAAGCAAAGGAGAGGCGGCGAGCGGGAUCGAGGGCGCCGCCGAUGGACCCGCCCGACGUCGAGAUGGAGGCCGCGCCUGAGCCUCCGGUUCCGGCUCCGGCGCCGGCGGCGGCUGGGGAGGGGUGGAGCAUGCUGUCCCGCGCCCGCGCGCUGCUCCAGGAGGGCAAGCCGUCCCUCGCGCUGCAGGCGGUUCUCCUAGCCAUAAGAUCACAAGGUGGUGAGCAAGCUCUCCUCCAGACUAUGAACCGUGCGCGGGAACUCUACGCACAGAGGUUGCAGGCCACUCCUAGUGUUGAUGAGCUCGCCUCUUUGCUUGCCCAAUGUGCCAUUGCAGAGGCACAGUCAACAAAUGCUAACCCACCACAAGGACCUGGGUCAGACCCUGUCGAUAUGCUGAAUUCUGAUGAGACCUGCAUUCUUUCUGUGAGCGGAAGGAAGCAGAUCAUCCUGGAUGCGUUUGCCGAUGGAAGCAGCUUCAUUUGCCUGAAAUGUGGUGGGCUCUAUAGCACAUCUCGCAAGGAUGAGCACUUGGCCUACUGGUGCGUUACUGCAUGAUCCUGCUGACAUCUUGCUGUGGUACAUGUUUGGUCACACCUGGGCACCUGGUGAUGAUCAUGAUACCCGUGAGAUUUUGUAAAAACUUGGUUCUCUUCCGAUUAUCGCUUCUUUACUGCAGGGAUGCCAGAGAUGCAUCUUCUGUUCGUCGAAGCUAAUACAUUGCCAACGCCAAACGGCAAACAUUAUGAACUAUAAGUUUCCAUCUCAAUCCCCUGUAUUGUAUUUGUGCUUUUUCUGCGGAUGGAAAUUGGAAGUUGUUGAGAUGUUUGGCUUGGUCAUCAAAUUCCAAUAGUUGAAUGUGGCAAAACAAUUUUCUUGUGGUUGGCUUGGACACCGCAGAAGUUAAACCGUGAGUAUCAGUUGUAUUUA